AUGGAGACAGCCAAUGAAAAAGGGUCCGCCGUGCGAGCCUGGUACCUCGACGAAGCGGAGAAGAUGCUCACCGUGGAGGAACUGCGCGACCAGUUGGGAGUCAGCUAUUAUCGCGCCACGUCUAGAGCGGACGGAGAGGCUCGCCUGGCAGCCGUCAUGAAAGAGAAAGGCUGUCAUGAGAUCGACAUCACCCCGAUGGACCCUUUCAAGCCCGACAGCCCAAUAGUGGUCGGGAAGCCUAUUAAGGAGCACCGCCACCCGGAGGAGGAGGUCCGCUUCAUGUCCGAAGGCACGGCGUUUUUCGACAUCCGGGACUACCAGGACAAGUGGGUUCGCAUCCAGUUCAACGAAGGCGAUAUCCUCGUGCUGCCGCCUAACGCCUACCACCGCUUUAUGAUCAAUGGCAAGGUGGCUUUGAGCCGCGUUUAUCCGACCGGACAGGCCUACUCUGCAGAGCACCGAGAAAUUUGA